UACACAUAUUGAAUAAAUAUAAUAUAGAUCUUACAUACAUAUUUGUAAAUAUCUUUAUAUUCAUGUCAACUGUUAAUCAGGGACGGCGCCAAGGGGGGGCGAGGGUGGGCGAUCGCCCCCCCCAGAUAUUUUAACUCCUAUUAACUGGUGUGUGACUAUGGAGCACUAUAAAAAGCUAUUUCCCCAACGGCCCCAAGUCCCAACUUUUGUAAUAUAAACGAUUUUUGAACACAAGUAAUAUUCUGAGAUUUCGAAUAACCGGACCAUGGCCAGCUGGUUUCCUCAUAAUGUUUAUCGACGAUUAUUCACCAUCACUGUAGCAGUGUAGUGCUAUACUUUAAAGUUUGUACAGUUUAGGAGUGUAUUUAUUUUGAUUUAUUAUUUCGUAAUCGUAAAUAAUAAAUAGGAUGAUAAUGUUCAUUGUUCCACUCUCCGUAAUUUUGCCGUAAUCGAUAAAAGUGCCACGAUUAAAUGUUUAAAAAUAGCGGCGUUCGCCUAUUAGUCGGGUUUCCCACACAACUUGUCAUUGCUCGACAUAUUUUGUUCAUUGUAUAUGUAUGUGUGUGUUAAUGCGCCCGCUUUACCGCAUUUUGUUUGUAUAUAGAUAUAAUAGAUACAUUUCAUAUUUAUAUUAAUCUCAACAUUCUCAACAAUCAUAACGGCAACACUCGCGACAGUUUAUACUUAAUAGUCACCGAUGACGACUGUAUGACCAGUUUAAGCGUUUAACACGUUAAAAUAUCGAAAUGAGUGUUAGAAAAAUUGAUUCUUACUUUGGUCCUCAAACUAGUUCGACUAAUGAAGAAGAAUUACAAAAAAAAACAAAAAACUACAAAUACAGUGGCGGAAAUUACUAAUUUGGUGCAAUCAUGGGAUGUGCAAAGUGAUUUAGACAUAAACACAAGCAGUUGUGACGAAUCGUCAACAGAUUCAGACGGUGCUGAUUGUGAUUUAGUAAAAACUGCACGUAACAAAGAUCAAGUAAGCAUUAAAUCUUUAUUACCUCAAAGUGGACCAUGUGACAUCACACAAGUUGUUUCUGAUAACCCUACUCAGCCGGUGUUAAAAAAUUAUCCACGAACAAAAUUUGGCAAAGAAUGGCGAAAUUUUCAUUCUGAAUGGUUUAAGUUGUAUCCAUGGUUAGAAUACAGUAUUUUGGAAAAUUCAUGUUAUUGCUUUCCUUGUCGAUUUUUUUCAACUGAUCCUUCUGGAUCUCCAUUUUCCGAAUCGGGAUUUAAGAAUUGGAAAAAAAGCCAUGGAAAAAAAUAG